ACCCAGCAGCGGAAUGAAUACUAAUAUCCAAGAUGGCGGCGGAGGGAGGAGGGAAGGAGGCGAACGAGAUUAAAACUCAAUUCAGCACCCGCGAGGGCGUUUAUAAACUCCUGCCGAACUCCGAAUAUAGCCGUCCGAACCGGGUGCCUUUCAACUCGCAGGGCUCAAACCCGGUUAAAGUGUCGUUUGUGAACGUAAACGACCAGUCCGGGAACGGCGAGAGAAUCUGUUUCAAUGUGGGCCGAGAGCUUUACUUUUACAUUUAUAAAGGCGUCAAGAAGGCGGCGGACUUGAGCAAACCCAUAGACAAGCGUAUUUAUAAAGGAACUCUUCCCACAUGUCACGACUCCAAUGCGCUGACGGCCACGGCGGAGAGCGUCUCGCUGCUAGUGGGCUUUUCUGCAGGACAAGUGCAGCUCAUCGACCCCAUCAAGAAGGAGACCAGCAAGCUCUUUAAUGAAGACAGACUUAUAGACAAGUCUGCGGUGACGUGUCUGAAGUGGAUCCCGGGAUCGGAGAAUCUGUUUCUGGUGUCGCACAGCAGUGGAUGUUUAUACCUGUACAACGUGGAGCACACCUGUGGAACCACUUCACCGCAUUACCAGCUCCUGAAGCAGGGCGAGAGCUACACCGUCCACACCGGCAAGAGCAAAUCCGCUCGCAAUCCCCUGCUGCGCUGGACGGUCGGCGAGGGCGCGGUCAACGAAUUCGCAUUUUCACCCGAUGGAAAGUUUCUAGCGUGCGCUGGACAGGAUGGAUUCCUUCGCGUCUUCUGCUUUGAUUCCGCCGAACUUCAUGGCACAAUGAAAAGCUACUUCGGCGGGCUGUUGUGUGUGUGCUGGAGCCCUGAUGGGCGAUACAUCGUAACCGGCGGCGAAGACGAUCUAGUGACAGUUUGGUCGUUUUCGGACUCUCGCGUCAUUGCUCGCGGACGUGGACAUAAAUCGUGGGUUAGCGUAGUGGCGUUUGACCACUGCAUCACUAGCGUUCAGGACUGCGAUGCGGAGUUCAGCGGAAGCGAUGAAGAUUUUCAGAUGCAGUUCAAUGGAAAUCGUGAACGCGCAAAUAGCGCGCAGUCUAGAAUAUCGAAACGAAACUCUACAGAUGGCCGGAGCGUGACUUAUCGUUUUGGUUCGGUUGGUCAAGACACACAAAUGUGUUUGUGGGAUUUAACGGAAGAUAUUCUGUUUCCUCUAACGAGAACUAGAACUCAAACUAACGUCACGAAUGCGGAAACGACGACGCUCGGUGCUAAUGGAAAUAAUAGUGCAAAUUCUCCAUUACCGCGCUCGAAUAGUUUACCGCAGUCAUCUGGAAACAGUCCGAACACGCAUAAGCCACAGAGUAUUGUAGAUAGCGCUUUAAUCGCGACUGGGGUGAGUAAAUUCGCAACGCUAGCUCUGCAUGAAGCGAGAAAGGAGAAGGAGCAUAAGCGCAAUCAUAGCAUAAGCUACAUUAGCAACAAGAGCAGCGACAAGCUAAAUCAGCUCAUCAGCUCACGAGGUGGUAAAUCGGACGGGUGUAAGACGCUGGGAACCAUGCAGUGUCCACGCAUGGAGGAGAUCCCGCUGCUGGAGCCGCUGGUCUGCAAGAAAAUCUCUCAUGAGCGGCUCACAGUGCUGAUCUUCCUGGAGGACUGUCUGGUCACAGCCUGUCAGGAGGGAUUCGUCUGCACGUGGGCGAGACCUGGAAAACUGGGUUUGUUGUCGUCCCAGAACCCGACCAACUCUCCCAGCGGGACGGUCGUAUAGCCAAAAACCGGACGCAUUCAGAUCACUGUUCACACUCACAUCCAGAGCAGAUUUCACCGUUAAAUCAACCCAGAGGGAAACAAAUGCAGCAAUGCUCGGGUUUUCUUCACAAUUAAAGGGAUAGUUCACGCAAAAACGAAAAUUUACAGUUCGUUUACUCGCCUUCAAGUCAUUGCUGAUGCUCUUUUUAAUUCAGCAGAACUUUAAAGAAGAUUUUUAGCUGAGUUUGGGAUCCAUGGAGAUUAUUAUAAUGUAAGUCAAUGGUCACCAGUUUUCCAGAUGAAAUUAAACGCAUAAUAACAGUUCAACAUCAAUCCCUCCUGAUCAAACACUGAGGAGCCCUUAUGAAGAGAAAUCACAUUAUUUACAACCUACAGUUCCAUCUGCCCAUCCAUCUAUUCAUGAAUAUAUCUAUCCUUUCAUCCGUACAUGUAUCUGUCUACCAGUCUGUCUGUCCAUCCAUCUGUAUCUGUCUGUCUAUCUGUCUAUCUGUCUGUCUGUCCGUCCGUCCGUCUGUCCGUCUGUCUGUCUAUCCAUCUAUCUGUCUAUCCAUCUAUCCCAUUAUAUUCAUCUAUCACUCUGUCCGUCGAUCUAUAUUUCUAUUUGUCCAUCCAUCUAUCUGUCUAGCGUUCCAUCUUAUGUCCAUCCCUCCAUAUGUCUAUUCGUCUGUCCAUCCAUCCAUGUAGCCUUCCAUCGGUAUGUCCAUAUAUCCAUCCCUCUGUAUAUGCAUCUUGUCUGUCUGUCUGUCUAUCUAUCUAUCUAUCUAUCUAUCUAUCUAUCUAUCUAU